UCACAGUUCAUUUCUGGGUGCUCGAGGAUAGUCACAUUCCGUGGUGUCGCCCCCGAAAAAAAAGUGCUUAAUAAUUUUAUUCCAGUCAUUGGGUGGCAGCUGUGUUUUAAACAUUACUUUUCUUGUUUCAGAAAAUUACUCAAUUUCCUAUGAUUCAGCGUUAAAAUUAGCAGCUCUGAUGUAUCGCGAACUUGAAACUUAAUUGCAGUCAACAUUUUUUAUUGGAUUUGGAUCUUUUGUAGUGUUUUCUAAGAAAUUUUUCCAUUCGAAACGUGUACAUUCAGUAUUGGUGAAAAAAUUGUGUUAACGACGACAGAAAGGUGGUACCUUUGGUGGCAAACUAGGGGAUCAGGGCAAGGCCAUUCGCGACCGCAAAGGACCUUCAAAAACGCAUCCACACCAUGUCGAAGGUGCACUGGUUUGCAGUUUGCAACAUUUUAUUUGCGUCAUUACCAAUGGCUGUGCUAGGGAUCGAUCUCAGCCGCCUCUACGGACAUCUGCCCCCGGUCUCAAAAAGGAGUGAUGCGUGCCAUCCCUAUGAACCGUUCAAAUGUCCGGGGGAUGGAAACUGCAUUUCCAUCCAGUACCUUUGCGACGGUGCUCCGGAUUGCUCGGACGGGUACGACGAAGACAUGAGACUCUGUACCGCAGCCAAAAGACCACCCGUGGAGGAGACAGCAUCCUUCCUGCAGAGUCUGUUGGCAUCCCACGGACCCAACUAUCUGGAGAAGCUGUUUGGGAGCAAAGCGCGAGAUGCCCUGGACCCACUGGGAGGCGUGGAGAAGGUUGCAAUCGCACUCAGUGAAUCGCAAACCAUCGAAGACUUUGGAGCAGCACUACAUUUGAUGAGAUCUGACUUGGAGCACUUGAGAUCCGUAUUCAUGGCUGUCGAGAAUGGCGAUUUGGGAAUGCUGAAAUCGAUCGGUAUAAAAGACUCGGAGUUGGGCGACGUGAAAUUUUUCCUUGAAAAGCUUGUCAACACCGGAUUCCUCGAUUGAGUGGCACCAGAGCCAUACUCGCCAUUCUAUUAUUCAGUUCCUCUUCAACCGCAGUUUUAUUCCUAUCUUGGCUCGUCAUAUGAUGGCUACAACUAUUGAACAGAUCAUGUUAUAGACUAAUUUAGAAAACGUAAAGCCAGUGGCGUGGUUAAGGGAAACAGACUGACACACUAUUCAUCCCAACAACCACGGCUUUGCCUUUGCACUUUGCAUCAUUUUUCGGUACAUUAUUGCAUUUACUAUUAGAGUAUUGACACCAAUGACAAUUAUUCAUACAAGACUAGACUAGAUAUGUAAUGAAUCUGCACACAUUUAGUUGAACUUCAUCAGCAAAUACGUCCAAAAAUAGAGUGUUUGUGUGAAAAAAGGAAGCAAGAAACACAAAUCGUACUAGCUUUUGACUUGUGUCGGGAGCAUACAGAAAAAAUAAUAUAUAUAUUUAAACAAGUAUUUACUUCAUCAAAAAUCACUACACGAUAGUUGAAACAUAGAGAGUUGAUAGCAACUCGCCAAAAAAUAAGCCUUGAACUACAGGGAAGGCACAACUACGUUUGGUUUCGUUUCGAAAAUCUUUUUUUGCAGAAUUUUAGGACUAGAUGAUCUUCUAUGGUCUAUCUGAUAAGAACACACAAUCAUCAACAACUAGCAACGAACUACGUAUUUAAUGAGUCUCAUAACUAAAUCAUCACCCCCAUUCACUAAUCGGUUUGAUCCUAUUCACUGAAUUUCUUCAAUCAGAGUUGAGUACCUAAACCUAGGAAAUAAAACAAAUGAACAUAUCAACCUAUGAUACAAACGGUUAUAUUUAUGGAAACUCACAUUUUAGGGUGUGUCUGUAUUUUACAACAGUGCUCCAUCAUCAUCCUUUACAUUAAGUAAUUUAGAGCAGAGAAGAGAGCAGUUUAUAUCAAAAUGUUGCGACUUGUAAAACGAUACACGAAGAAGGAAAGAGAACUAAAAUAGCGGUACAUUCAAUAUCUUAUGAGAGACUACUAUUUUGAGAAAUAUUGUGCACUGGUAAAACAAAUCUAUCAAUCAUCUUAUGAAUAAUACAUAAUCAUUCAUGUGAACAUUACAAUCGAAAAAUACACUAGUCAGAAUUUGACACACUAACGGUCGUGCACCGUAGAAUGGAGGAGCGUUGGCCAAGCUUAUUUUUGUUCAACUUUUUUCCUUAUCUAAUAUAAAACAAAUUUGAUAUUCUCAGUCUUUGAGACUGUUGGCAAUGUUAAAAUUAUACAUAAUAGUGCAUUCAUCUACGGAUACAAUCAAAACAAUUUUCAAACCACCCCCAUUGAACUACCCCUGUCCUGUCAGCAAAGCUCCCCAUUUUACGGUCCGCCCUAUUUCAUCUCUUGAUGUCAGUCCUUAAGCUGAUUGUAACUUAAAUAUUCAUUAAACACAUAUAAAACAGUGCAACUGAUCAUUAAAAUGAUUAAAAAAAUGUAUUUUGAUUUGCUAAAAGCUAAAAUAGGCGGUAUAAAUGCACUUUGUGAGUUAAACGAAACAUAUCAAACACACAUAUCAAAUUGCAUAGCAAGUAUAUUUACUGCUUUAGAAUAUACAUAAAUAUAUAUGAACAAGAAAAAAAAACUACAAUUGCAGCGUGAUGAUAUUUUGUUAUACACCCACAGGAAUAUUUUUACAAGUUGUAGUAGCAUCCCGAAAGACAUGAAAAUUUUACGACAUCCGCAAGCAAUACGACCACUGGAACACCAUUUAUGACAGUUACCAAUUAGUAGGAAUGAGUUAUACCUAGAAGACGUAGUCAGUCGAGAUCUCUUAGAUCCAAACCGACUACCAAUCCACACAGCAGAAUACAUUCGACUGUGUAGGCAACAUGGCUCUUUAGUAAUCCACCUUUUAAAAAACUUAAAAGAAUAAAUAAACAUAAUUUACCUGUCUAUAGUGAACCCAGAACAAUCACACGCUUCCAUUAAGCCACUUUUCAAAGAAGGAAACAAUCACAAUCUAUCAGAAUAUAAAUUCGGUAUACUACUCUUGAGCUUAUCGCCUCUUAUUAAGAAAAAAAACCGAUUUAAAAAAACACUUUUAUUUCGCUUUUCAAUUCAAAUCACUUACUGUUAGUUUGGAAAGUCAAAACCUCAACUCAGAUUUUUACACGACGUGUGAUACUGAUAAUAUAACCCCGUUCAUGUAAAAAAAAACAGUUCUGAAUUACAUUUUGUUACCAUUCCCAAUAAAGUUUGUUUCCUUAUUUUAA